AUGGCAGUAGUCAUCAGGCUGCAGGGUCUGCCGAUAGUGGCCGGCACCAUGGACAUCAGACACUUCUUCUCUGGCCUCACCAUCCCUGACGGGGGAGUGCACAUCGUGGGGGGCGAGCAUGGUGAAGCUUUCAUCGUGUUUGCUACCGAUGAGGAUGCUCGACUAGGGAUGAUGCGAACAGGCGGGUCCAUCAAAAGCUCCAAGGUGUCGUUGUUACUGAGUAGUAAAACAGAAAUGCAGAACAUGAUCGAACUAAGCCGCCGUAGAUUUGAGGCUGGAGCAGGAGCCGCCGAGAUGGCCGCACCUACCGCAGGCAACUCUAAUCGACAACCAAGCGGAUCUUCCAUACCAACAGUGCAGUCGGGGGCUGGAGGAAGAACCAGUGGCCAUGGAAAUCAGGGUUUCAGUAACACGCAAGUUACAGUGACGGCAGCAAGCUCCUCUCAAGAACAACCAGGCAACAAAGCAGCAACCAGCUUGGCCACUGUGGUACCAAGCUUUCCCAAUAGCUAUAGUUCAACCCCUACAAUCACUACAGCUCUUGCCUCACUCAAUGCAGGUCCUCCUCCGAUCCCUCCACUUCCCAAUAUGCCAUCCAUGCCACCUAUGCCCACACUGCCCACAUUACCAGUUCCUCCUCCUGGUUCUUCCCUCCCCCCUGUUCCUAAUGUCUCCCCCUUAUCCCAAGGACCUCCAGUGCCACCCAUGUCCCAUCUCCCUCAUAUGUCCUCCCUACCUCCUUUUAACCCAUCCCUACCUCCACCGGGAGGACUGGGCUCUGGACUCCCGCUGGGAACCCCCAAUCACAUGCUCUUCAACCCUCUCUCGCCAUUGGCCUCACUUGGGCUUCAGGCCCACAUGAAGGCUGCAGCUGCUGCUGCAGCGUCUGGGGCCGGAGCAACCAAUCCGGAUGAGUUUUUUGUUCUUCUGCAAAACCUCCCAUUUUCUUGCUCGGAGAUGGAAGUAAGGGAUUUUUUUCGGGGUCUAGGGGUGGAUGGGGUUCGCCUGCUAAGAGAUGGGCACGGUCGGCCAAAUGGCAGGGCCAUGGUCAAGUUCUUCACACCCCAUGACAGUUUUGAGGCUUUGAAGCGAGGAGGAGGCAUGAUGGGCCAAAGAUUCAUUGAAUUUGCCCCAGGCUCCGAGCGUCAGUGGGCCAGCCUUGUUGACAGUGGAUUAAGCCAUGCUCCUCACAAUAGCAACAAGUCAAAUAAUAUUAAUGAACCACCGGAUCAUCAGCACCGCCGUGGUAAUGCUGGGACAGGAGGCAGAGAUCAAAGAGAAAGGUCACGCUCUCCACACAGGCAGGAGUACUGUGUCUAUCUGAAAGGCCUUCCUUAUGAGGCUGACAAAAAGCAGAUUAAAGAUUUCUUUAAGAAUUUGGCCAUCAUAGAUGAUAGCAUCUACAUAGCAUAUGGGCCGAAUGGGCGCGCUACAGGAGAGGGCUUCCUUGAGUUCAAAUGUGAGCAGGACUAUAAAAGUGCUCUCAGUGCUCACAUGCAGUACAUGGGCUCCCGUUUCAUCCAGGUUCACCCAAUCAGCCGAAAGGGAACGCUAGAAAAGAUCGAUGCCAUUCGCAAACGUGAAUCGGCACAGGGUGAUGGCAAGAACCAGGACGGCUUGAAAACGCCAAGGAAUUGCGCCCACAUUUCCAACAUCCCUUACAACAUCUCCAAGAAAGAUGUCCGUGCCUUUUUGGAUGGCGUGGGCCUCUACGAGGACACCCUAAAGGUCCUGACUGAUACCCAUGGCAAUGGUUUAGGGCAAGCCGUCUUCCAGCUGCGAACAGAGGAGGAUGCCCGCAAAGCCGAAAGGCUGCACCGGCAAAAACUCAAUGGCCGUGAUGCCUUUGUUCAUUUGGUUACUUUUGAUCAGAUGAAGGAAAUCGAGCGAAAUCCUCCACCUCAAAACAAGAGGGGCCAGCGCAAUCAAAACCAGAACCCGCACCAACAAACCCAGGCCAGUCCCCAGCAGCCCCAGAUAAAUCCUUUUGCUGGGAUUAGUGGAGAGGAGUUUAACUUUCUCCGAAAUACCAUGGGUAACCUCAGUGGUGCCCCCUUUGUGACUCCGUUUUCUGCCCCAGGUAAUGGGCUGGCAGGCCCACCUCCUCUCCCUCCACUGGCUGCAGGGCUGGGAGAGGUGAAUCUGGGCGUGGCUCCUCCUUUAGUUGCAGGAAUUCCUGGAGCGCCCAUCCUGGAGCCACCAGGAUUUCGACCUGGAGCUGCCGGAGGAGCUCCAUUUGGUCAGGAUGGACUGAGAGGCCUGGUGCCAUUUGAGAAUGCCAAUCGAAAAGCAGGUGGAGCGGGACAAAAUAGAGGAGGAGGAGCCAACAACAACCAGGGGCGCCAGGGUGGCGGAGCACCCGGUGCACAACAGGUUUUCACUCCAGGGGCUGAAGGUCUGCGCAAUCCGCCAGCUCCAGGAGGAGCCAACAAUCCCAGCCACCAGCGCGCUCCUCCCGGCCCAACGGUCGUAAAGCUUCAGAACAUGCCGUUCACUGUAACCGUUGACGAAAUCAUGGACUUCUUCUAUGGCUACCAGGUUCUGCCGGGCUCAGUUUGCUUACAGUUCAGUGAAAAGGGCAUGCCAACUGGUGAGGCUAUGGUGGCUUUUCAGAACCACGAGGAAGCCACCGCCGCAGUCAUGGACCUCAAUGAUAGACCUAUCGGCGCACGCAAAGUCAAAAUAAGCCUGGGUUAA